AUGGACCUCACUCUCUUCCCCUUCGACUCUCAGAUCUGUCAAAUGAUCAUCGCAUCUAAAGACAUCAUUACCAACGUCGUGCUCAUUCCAGGGGUCUUCAUUCGCCGGGCCGAGGAUCGACCACUGUCUUGGGACCUCACCAGUUUGGUCGCCGAGUCACGCUCGAGAGAGAAUCGAGCCGGCGAUCACGCGGUCUCCGAUCUGUUGGUGAUAAUACACCUGGAGCGACUUCCUAAUCACUAUGUUUACACCAUCAUUCUCCCCGUCACGCUUAUCAACGCCAUUGGCAUCUGGACCUUCUUCAUCCCUCUCAAGAGUGGUGAGCGCGUAACAACUUGCAUCUCGGUGGUUCUUGGUGUCACCGUCUUUCAGAUCUAA